AUGAGUCCAGUAGUGAGUGGAUAUAGUGAUCCUGAUACCCGAAAUAAUGCUCGGCCAAAGUCUAAUCACAGGAACAUUCCUAAAAAUCCAUCAAACCAAUCUACUUACAUUUCGAGAGUGCGAAGCAACACAUUGGACAAUGGGAGAGUGGGAUCUCCUACAGCAUCUUCUAGUAUGGCAGCUGAAGUUCAGCAACUGGCUAGAAGUCCAAGGAGAUCUGUAUGGAAUUUCAGUGAAGAGCCCACUAGCAAGUUACGUCUCAAAAUCGUGUGUGCUAAAAAUCUCAUGAAAAAGGACAUAUUUGGAGCAAGUGAUCCCUAUGUGAAAAUUGAUUUGAAUAAAAUUGAUGGUGAUGAAACAAUUGAUUCAGUCUUAACAAAAACCAAGAGAAAGACACUCAGUCCAGAAUGGAAUGAAGAGUUCAUAUUCAGGGUUAAACCUGCAGAACACAAAUUGGUGGUUCAAGUAUUUGAUGAAAAUAGGCUAACUAGGGAUGAUUUUCUGGGCAUGGUGGAACUUCCUCUAUUAACUUUACCUAGAGAACAAGUUGAUAGGGUUUUGCCAACUGUAAAAUAUUUGUUACAGCCAAGAAGCAAUUUUAGCGCCAGAUCUCGCGUUAGAGGAUACUUGGAGAUCUACCAUGCUUUUCUCUUUGACACCAAUUUGCCUCCGAUCGCUGUACCUGAAGAUGCACCGGUCGACGACCGAGAAUGGGAAAUUGUCAGCGAGGCUAGAGAGGAAAGUGCUGCUCAGCCUGUCUUUGUGAAUUCAACUACAGAAUCACAGACUCCUUUGCCCCAAGGUUGGGAGGAACGGCAAGAUGCGAAUGGAAGGACUUACUUUGUCAAUCACAUAGCAAGAACUACUCAGUGGGAGAGACCUACAUUAACGAAUGGCGGCACUUCGGAAACUAGAGCAGUUGAGAGGGAAGAGCAGAGGGAGGUAUUUGAGAGGAGAUUUCACAUAAGUGCUGAUGAAGAAUCAAACGAUGGCGGGGACCAUUCAAACAACACCAGCCAGGCGGGGUUACCCGAUUCGGUAGUGCGCAUCGACCGUCUGUCCGACGAUGUUGACCUUGAAAAUCGGCUGAGCUUGCGCUCUGACUCUGACACCCUCGACACCGACUACCACGCUUCGGCGGAGAGCAACGACAGUAGCCGAAGGAGCUCGGUGGAGGUGCCGCUGUACCAGCUGGGUGCUCGAGCUCGAAGUAGUCGCAGUCGGUCGGAGGAGGGCGAAAGCGGUUCGGAGCGAGACGACGACGACACCGACAGCCCGUCCUCGCGUCGCGCCUCCUCCGCCUCACAGGCCGCCCUGCCGCCCGCCCCCGCCGACCCGUCGCAGGAGGGGCUGCCCGCCGGCUGGACGGCCCAGCGCGCCCCCAACGGCCGGCUCUUCUUCAUCGACCACAACGAGCGGGCGACGUCGUGGGUGGACCCGCGCACGGGCAGGGCUAGCGCGAUGCCCGAGGCGCAGGGGCAGCGGCGGUCGGGCAGCGGGGCGGGGCGGCCCGAGGACGAUCUGGGCGCGCUGCCCGAAGGGUGGGAGGAGCGGGUGCAUUCGGACGGCAGGAUAUUCUUCAUCGAUCACAAUACAAGGACAACUCAGUGGGAAGACCCACGCCUCUACAAUCCUCAGAUAGCAGGACCGGCUAUACCAUAUUCCAGAGAUUAUAAACGAAAAUACGAAUACUUGAAGGCGCAACUAAAGAAACCGACGAAUGUACCGAACAAGUUUGAAAUAAAAGUGAGAAGACGCAGCAUUUUGGAAGACUCGUAUAGGGUUAUAACGUCCGUUUCCAGAGUGGAUUUGUUGAAAACGAAGUUGUGGAUCGAAUUUGAAGGGGAAGUGGGCUUAGAUUAUGGAGGGCUAGCUAGAGAGUGGUUCUAUCUUCUCUCCAAAGAAAUGUUCAAUCCUUAUUAUGGCCUUUUCGAAUAUUCAGCCAUGGAUAAUUAUACCCUGCAAAUAAAUCCAUUCUCAGGAGUGUGUAACGAGGAACAUCUUAGCUACUUCAAAUUCAUUGGUCGGGUAGCUGGAAUGGCUGUGUAUCAUGGAAAACUGUUAGACGCAUUUUUCAUCAGACCGUUCUACAAGAUGAUGUUGUCGAAAACGAUCGACCUCAAAGACAUGGAAUCGGUCGAUUCGGAGUACUACAAGUCCUUGCUGUGGAUAAAAGAGAACGACCCGAAAGACUUGGAACUGACCUUUUCCGUCGAUGAGGAAUCUUUCGGGCACACCUCUUUGCACGAACUCAUACCGGGCGGUGCCGAUGUGCCUUUGGACAAUUCCAACAAAGAUGAAUACAUCAAGUGCAUCAUACAGUGGCGGUUCGUGGGUCGCGUCCAAGAGCAGAUGAACGCCUUCCUCGACGGCUUCAGCGAUCUGAUACCGCUCAACCUCGUCAAGAUAUUCGACGAGCACGAGCUGGAGCUGCUCAUGUGCGGCAUCCAGCACAUCGACGUCAAAGAUUGGAAGAUCAACACCCUGUACAAGGGCGACUUCCACUCCAACCACAUCGUGAUCCAGUGGUUCUGGCGAGUGGUGUUGUCCUUUAGCAACGAGAUGCGGGCGCGGCUGCUGCAAUUCGUCACCGGCACGUCUCGGGUGCCUAUGAACGGCUUCAAGGAGUUGUAUGGCAGCAACGGACCGCAGCUGUUCACUAUCGAGAAGUGGGGGAGUCCCGAGAAUUUCCCCAGAGCGCAUACUUGCUUUAAUCGUUUGGAUCUGCCUCCAUACGAGAGUUAUACUCAUCUGAAGGAUAAGCUGAUAAAGGCUAUUGAGGGUUCGCAAGGUUUUGCGGGGGUUGACUAGUACACGUUCCAUCUGAGAUAAAGUUGAAAACAUUCUGUCCAU